AGGGAAAUCAAGGUUCAUAUAUAAGAAAAUCGUUUUUAACAAAACUUAUAGUUGCAUUGGUACUCAUCUUAAUUAAGCAUAAAUACGGAUAUUCAUUUCCGUUUCUUCUCGAUGUACGCACCUUGGGAAUGCAGAGAAAUCGAUAGCGAACAUCUGAACCAUGUCAAACCCCUCAAAACCCCCAUCGAAAGUGAAGAAAUAAUCUUUUACAAAAUAUAAGCCGCAUCUUACCUGUACAUCUAACGAAUCGUUGGAAAUACAUUCGUGAUUUUGAUACCCACCGAAGAUUGUAAUUGAAGUACAAUUAGUGUAAUAUAUCCUGCUUAAGUUAAUUAGAAUAGAUCGGUUUAUUAAGUAAUCAAGGGUAGGAAAGCAUGGUGCUCGUUAAAGAAUAUCGAAUAUGCAUGCCACUGACCGUGGAGGAAUAUAAAAUUGGUCAGCUCUAUAUGAUAGCGCGCCACAGCCUCGAACAAUCGGAUGAUGGAGAAGGAGUGGAAGUGAUUGAAAAUAAGGAAUGUUUUGAUCCCGAACACGGCAAAGGGCAGUACACCGAGAAACGGAUACACUUGUCCAGUCGUCUCCCAUACUGGCUGCAGGCUGUUUGCCCUAAGGUAUUUUAUGUUAUUGAGAAGGGCUGGAACUACUAUCCGUACACGGUGACAGAAUAUACAUGCUCGUUUAUACCAAAAUUACAUAUUCGUAUCCUGACGCGGUUUGAAGACAAUGCUGGUACUUCGGAAAACUGCUUGAAUCUGUCAGAAGAAACUUUGGCAAAUCGGAUAGUUGAUCAUGUAGACAUUGCGUUUGAAGAGCCAUCUGAAAAGCACUACAAGAAAGAGGAGGAUCCCAAAUUCUUCAAAUCCCGCAUCACCGGACGCGGACCGCUCGUAGAGGGCUGGCGUCAAACGGAUGAGCCCAUGAUGUGUUCCUACAAAUUGGUCGAAGCUUCCUUCGAAGUUUGGGGACUCCAGACAAGGGUUGAGGACUUCAUUCAAAAGUGCAUCCGGGACGUACUUCUACUGGGGCACAGACAAGCGUUCGCUUGGAUCGAUGAGUGGCAUGGAAUGAGCAUUGACGACGUACGCAUGUAUGAGAAAGAUAAACAGACGGAAGCGAAUGAUAAGCUGCGACAAUCGUUACCUCCUGCACUGGCAACUGAUAAGACCACUUAG